AGCUUCGCCUCUGUGUUUGUUAUAUCACUCGACCGAUUCCGAUGACUACUACCCGAAUACAAAGUUCUUCCACAUUUUUCAAAUGGUCGGAACAAAAAGAGCUAUUAGAAUUUUUGUUUUUUGAAUGAUAACUUUGGUUGGCUUUCGGACAUUGUUUGCUUCUGGCAGAGUAAAUCGAUACUCAGUUGUGAAUAAUUUUUUGUUUGAUCUUUUGGUCAGAUGGACCUUCAGUAUAACUCUCGCAAAUGUAAUUUGAUCAAUUCUGUGCCGCAGACAAAUGUUUGAAAAGUUUGGUCUAAUUGUUGUUUGGACACUCAAACGCAGUUGCUUAUGUGUAUUAUACGCUGUUCAGCGACGCUCUCAGAAUCGCAGUUUUCAAUAGUAGAAAAUAAUGACAGAAGAUUCAAUUGAAAGUGAAGUGCCCCGUUACAUAACCAAUUUAUACAUCGAGUAUGGAAACAACACCAAGGUAAAAAAUUACAUUGUUUUAUCCGGAGUUAGUUUUGCUGACCAGAUUAUAGACCUAAGAGAUUUUCAAAAAGAUGUCGUUGAGCAAAAGGUUCUUGUGGUGGAUUCAAAGUUUUCUGCAGAAAGAUUAGAAUUGUAUUACGAAUCCACAUUCAAAGGGAUCUGGUUGGCGGACAUUUUACACAGCAUUGAAGAUAGCGAUUUAUCCGAUUUGCACACUGUCGAGUUCGUUUCUUAUCUGAAAAACGACAGGGUUGUCAAAUUGCCUUUGAAAUUUUGCCUGUCAAAGAGCUCACAGGUUAUGCUUGCCUCUCAGAUGAAUGGUCAAGAUUUGGAUAUUGAGAGUGGUGGGCCAUACUGUCUUGUUAUUCCUGGUCAUCUAUCGGAUCCUGGUUUUUACUCCAUAUCGUCCAUUAAUCUGACAACCGACUCUUGUCCAAUGCCACUUGAAAUGCCCAUAAUGUCGUUCAUAACUGAACCUGAAAAUGAGAAUGUGUUCCAAAAUCGCGACGAAGUUACUUUUGAGGGUUUCGCGUUUGUCGGCGGAGGUCGCAAAGUUCUUUUUGUAGAGUUUUCAACGGAUAAUGGAGAGUCAUGGCAUACAGCUUUUACUGAGGAAACUGAAGGUGGAGGAGAAAAGUCAGAUUAUGAGCUGCAUAAAUUUCUGUUCACGCUAGAAUUGAGACAGCUGCCUAAAAAUUCGAGCGUUUGGAUUAGAGCUACAGACCAAAAUUGGGUGACCCAGCCGGAGCAAAAGUUGUCCAGUAAUUGUCCAUACGACAAUUCCUACUUCCGUCUUGAGUUGAAAGACUUGCCGAACAAUCAGAGAUCUAUCGUGUACCCGGGCGCUGUACAGAUUGAACAUAACCAUUUGAUGGAACCAGUUACAGCUGUUGACAACGGACCAAUGAAGGAAAGUAAAAAGGCACUGAAAAGUCAUUAUAUAGAGAACAUUUUACCGAUUAAAUCCAAAGGACUUAGACCGACAAAUGGACUGCCCGAAGCUGUUGCAAGAACUGUUGGGGGAUACAAAAAGAGAGAAAUCACGGCUACUAAAAGCCAAGAACAAGGUCUCCAAGUGAAUUUUAAGAAAGACCUACACAAGCCAGAAUCAUGGAGGAAAACAUUGGGGAAACAUGUUGAAAUCGAGUUACGCCCAGUUGAUGAGCGGAAAUUGAAACCGUUUCAAUCUGUCUUUAUACCGAGACAAGAAAGACCAGGGAACAAGUCAGAGAUUAAAACGUACAGUCGCGAGGAAGUUAAGCAGCAUAACACACCUGAAGACUGCUGGAUUAUCAUUCGGGAGCAUGUGUAUGACGUCACUAAAUUCGUGAAAGAACACCCGAUUGGAAGCGAGCUGUUUGCAGCUUAUGCCGGAACCGAAUGUUCCUACGCUUUCGAAUCAAGCCAUGAACCUCACGUUGCCAUGAUGCUGGACGAAUACUAUGUGGGCAAACUACAGACAUUCGUGAACAAAGCUCUUGUCUCUAAUUUGGUCAUACCUGCAUGGGGAACUAUGACUAUAAUUGAGAAGAGACAGCUGACUCAUGACACGUUCGAGUUCAAGUUGAAAGCUAAAAAUGCUCUCAACAAAAUCCCUCUUGGCGCCCAUUUCUUCCUAACUUUGUACGACAAAGAUGGUGCGAAAGUGUGUCGACCUUACAAUCUAGUGAAAGUUGGAGAUGACAAGCGCGACUUGUUCUUUGCAAUCAAGAUCUACCAGAAAUCUUCCAUCAAUCCACAGGGGGGCAAAUUCACCCAAAUGCUGGACAAGCUCAAAAAGGGGGAUAUGGUGAAGAGCUACGGGCCGGUGUCUCAUCUUGAUCACCUCGGAAAGGGAUUUGUCGAGAUGAAGGGAACUAGGUACAAUCUGAGGAGACUGGUGAUGCUGGUGGGUGGCACUGGAGUGACUCCUAUGAUGGGACUACUGGACAAGUUCCUCCCCUUGGGCAACGAGGCCUGUCUCAUCUGCUGCAACAGAACAGAAGAUGACAUCAUCUACCGAACCCGUCUGGUUGAACAUGUUAAACAGCACCCCCAGUUCGUCCUCAGCCAUGUGAUUGAAUGGGUGCCAGUCACAGCUAUGCAUAGGUGGAACUACUACACUGGAUUGUUAAAAGAAGUGCACAUUACGAAGACCAUCAAAGCUGCGAGGAAAGAUGACAUGGUGUUUCUGUGUGGGCGGUGGAGUUGGGUCCUCCAGCUGAGAGAAAUGCUCAUGGACAAAUUCGGAUACCACAGGAGCCAAUUUAUUAAUUUCUAACAGAUGAAAAGUUAAAAACUUUAUAGUUAAUUCAAUCAGAUAUUCGAAA